UCUUCAUGUAGGUGUGUUUCCAAGAACAGAGCAGCACUAGAGGACUGUGAGCGGACUGAGGACCACUGCCGCGAUGGACUGACCUCUAAACAACACUUUUGUGUUUUUAAUUCAUUGCGCUGUGGGUUUUUACCGACUGGUUUUGUAGACGUUACGAUUUCUUUGAGGACUGUUUCUUGCUGAAAUCUGCACAAUCAAAAGAGGACCGUGGAGCCGCGGUCCUGCACAUGUCCUCUUCCGCGUGCAAUGCCGAAGAGUGACACGUGGCCAGGCGGCGUUGCCUUGGAAGCCUUGAGCAAUAUGGACAGUGCCGGGAGCUGCGACAGUGUAAUCAGCAUGAACUCUGGCUAUAGUGAAGACAGCAUGGAGCACUUAUCUCCAGAGGAGAGAGCAUGUCUUAUGUAUCUGGAAGAAACCAUUGAAGCACUGGAGGUGCAGGAGGACAGCGGCUUAUCCAAUGACGAACCAGAACCCAGGUUACGGAUGGAACGGCUAAGUGUAAAUGAUGUUUCCAGUGCUAGGCCUGAUGUGUCUUAUGGAGAUGAGAUAUCUGACCAAGAUUCAUUUCUUGCUGUAAAUGGAACCUCAGAAGCAUUGUCCUCUCUUGGCACUGCAGCCAACCUGACAGAUUUGAAAGCAUCAGAGAACCUUGGACCUCCACUCACUGAAUCAGGGUCUGACAGUGAAACUCAUCCACCAGCUUCUCGAACCACAGAGCUGUGCGUGUCCAAGGAUGAGGACGGUCAUCUAAGGAUUGUCCCAAGUACCAGUUUGUCCCCAGAUCAGCCUACAAAGGCCGCUGAGGUUGAUCUGAGUCUGAUCCCUCCUCCUUCAGACUUCAUGGAUGAACCAGUGCUUCCUGCAAAGCCCCUCACAGCCAGAGACCUUCUGGGAUCUACAGUUGUAUCCACUAAAAAACAAGCUACACCUGUUGACUUGGAGCAGCUUCGAGAGAGAGCCGCUAUAAAGAGGCAUUCACUGAGUAUCCCUGAGCCUGAAAACAAGCCCCAAGAGCUGACUCUGUUAGCCAUCAGCUCUGCUCCCCCAUUGAGUCCCCCUGCUCUUGAACAUGCUGAGCCCAAAACUCCUCCUGCUGUGGCUCCCAAACCUAAGAAGCUUCCUGCCAACAUCAUCCUGAAAUCACACAAGGCAACAGUGGUCGAAGGGAACUCGGGGCAUUCGUCACCGAUGAGCAGUGACCGUCAUUUGCUAGACCCACAGAAGGUCCGCAUGGAGGCGCUCCGAAAACUCGGCCUGCUUAAAAGUGAUGAUUCAGAUCCAGGUCCAAACCUGAGCCCAAAAUUAUCACCUCAAACUCGCAGGUCAUGGGCAGCUCCUUCUCCUCCAGUUAGCCCAAACACACCUCCUUUAACACCAGCUUACCCCCGUGUGCACAGCCCGUCACAGGCCUCUGUCCCUCUCCAUUCUCCAUCCUCCGUCCAGUCUUCUGCCUCGGUCCCCCUCCAGUCUCCUGCAGCUGCCUUACCACCAGUGACUGUUACUGCUCCUAUUGUCCAGCUUCCUGAAAUCCUCCCAGUACCCGAGGCUUUCAGCGACCCUGAUGGAUCGUUGCAUUCAGAUAAUGAACUGUCUGCUGGGAGCGAUGUACCAGACCUGACCCCCCCUUUCACCCCUCCUGUCCUGGUCAAGCACCUUACCCCACCCAAAGUCCUCGGGGUCAAAUCAGCCACCCUGGAGCGCUCUGGCAUGGGACUUAGCAGCUACAUGGAAAGUCAAGACUUGAGUGGAGACAGUAGCAAGCUGAGCCCCAGCAAGCUGAGAAACAAUCGCCCACGCCCUGCCUCACUUGGGAGUGGGAAAGAGUUUUCAAGCUCUGAGGGAGAAGGUCUAACAGUGGGCAGCGCCAGCAGCAGAGGUCAAGACUUGCGGAGGUCCCUGCCUCCCCCUCUGCCUCACAAUAACUCUCAGAAGCUGCCUCGAUCAGAGGGCAUCAGUGUGCUGAUCUGCCCUCGGGGGCAAAAUGAAAAUGAUCGGCGUGAGGCCCUGAAGAGGCUUGGGUUACUCAGGGACUAACACAAAUUUCACACCUUCUCUGACUUUCACAGACUCUCUGUGCAAAACUGUAUUUAAAGGGACAUACCAAAUGCUGAUAAAGACACUGCAAAAGGAAGGAAGAAAUUAACCUGCACAUUUAUACAUUGAUUUUUUUAUGCAUUUAGCUUUUAUAACUACAGACAACCUGACACUGACUGUCAUACAUACAUCAGCUUGCUACUGAUAUUAUGCUGCCAGUUUUAACCCACUUGGAUAUGACUAUCUAGAAUUGUAUGGAAUGCUUGCUGACUAUCAUUUUAGCUGUUAUUUCAGUAAAUUAAACGGUUACCUUUAA